CUGUUGAAAUGUGUGUUUAUGAAAUUACAAAAACGGUUCAACAAGUGUUCGACAUGGAAAAAUUUAUGACACGCGAAUACUUCAAAAAAUUGAAGUGUUUGUACAAUAUAUAGUAUAUCAAUUACUUGUAAUUUGCUAGUUAAUUUAAAUGGAUCAAAAUUUGCACGCUCGAGACCUGCCUUCAAACACUAACCUUUUACUUGUCGGACCAAGAACAGACGGCGAUGAAUCAGUAAAUUAUAUAUGCGCUCAUACAUUUCGAAAAAAAAAUUCGAAUUCGAUUAAUUGAAUAUUUCAUUUUGCACCAAUUCCACGUAGGUAAGGGUUAGGCAUGUGACAACUGAUAUAAAGUAGAUCUAGAACACCAUGAUUCGAGGGCAUUUCCGUCUUUGACCAAAAAAUACGCUGAAAAAAAAAACAAUUCGCGCCAAUUUUUGGCGGUAACUCAAAAUUUUCGAAACAUUUCAAAAUUUCAAUCUUGAUAUCAAAUUGAGGAGAAAACGUCAACGGGGGUUCAAAUAUCAAUUCAAAACACAUUUCUCCCUCCUUUUGUUUCACCGCCCCCCAUUACAGCUGAAAUUGAAGCAGAAGAAAUAGGGCUGCUAAUCUGAAUUCGAUUCGAAACCCCCUUUUCAGGUACAUUCACAAAAACCCCCAAAUCGAUACCUGCUGAAUUGUUUCGCCUCCGUUCCAAUCAGUUAAUCUGGAUCCGGUUAGAAAUUCUCGCAUUAACCUUUUUUUUGUUGUUGUUAAUUUGUGCUUGUCGUGCAAUUAAUUGUCUCGAUUUGGAGCGUUGAGGUGAGAUUUAAUUGUUUCAUGAGGGAAAACAUUAUUUUUUUGUUGAAAUUGAGGUUACCCAAUUGAAAAAAAAAUAUGGUGAGGGAGUUGAGUGUUGUGUCGUUUUACACGCGCCUGAGGGAUUCGGCUCUAGCCUCAGCUUCAUCCGCUCCUCUGUUAAUCUUCCCCUCAACCUCAGAUGUAGAUUCACUAUGUGCUUUGAAAAUUAUAGGGCACGUUCUAGAAUCCGAUUCAAUUAGGUAUGCUUGUUACCCAGUUUCGACUUUUAAAGAAAUUCACAAAUACGCUGGCCCUAACCUAACUUCACCCUCCGACGAGCCCAUCACCAUUUUGUUGAUCAAUUGGGGCUGCCAUAGGAAUCUCAGGAGAGAUCUGCAGAUCGGGCCGUCGGCCCGUGUUUUCGUUCUCGAUAGCCACAGGCCGAUUCAUUUGCACAAUUUGAGCGACAAGAACGAUCGUGUGGUGGUGCUUUACAUGAAGGAGGACGAGAGCAACGCCGACGUGGAGUAUGAUUUCGAUGUAUCGGUUGUUGCUAAUGAGAGUGAUUUGAACAGUACCGAUGAGGUUGAGAUUGAGGAUGAUUCGGAUAGUGAGGAUGAAAACGAGAGUGAUAGUGAUGGGGGCGAGGGUGAGGGUGGGGGUGGGAGUGGGGGUAGAAAGAGAAGGAGACUGUCGGCGGAAAACGAGAGCAAUCCCGAUAAACUUUUCAGAAAGUUGAGGAAAAAGUAUUACUAUACGGGUACUUAUCAUGGUAAGUCAUCUGGAUGUUUGAUGUACGAGCUCUCUCAUUCGUUGAGAAAGAACAAGAACGAGUUGCUGUGGUUGGCGUGUGUUGCUUUAACCGAUCAGUACGUACACGAGAGAUUACCAGACGAGAGAUACAAUCAUGCAGUUAUGGAGCUCGAACAGCACAUUAACAGCUCGGGAAACUUGGAUGCUGUUACUUCGGUCACGCUAAAAGACGGCACAAAGGUAAACGUGCCCGAUGCUUCAAGAAUCUCGUACGAGGAUGAACCUAGGUUGAUGUUGCUGCAAGAAUGGAACUUGUUCGACUCGAUGCUAUGUUCCUCUUACAUUGCCACUAAGCUGAAAACUUGGAGCGACAACGGGCUGAAAAAGAUGCAGCUUCUUUUGGCUCGAAUGGGGUUUGCAAGGGAAGAGUGCAAACAGAAAUUCCAGUUCAUGAGCGUCGAAAUCAAACGGAGAAUGAAGGAAAUGUUCGAACAGUACUUACCGGAGUUUGGGCUAACAAAUUUCUACUACAGAGGUUUCUUGCUAUUGCAUGGCUACAGCUCGAAAGUCUCUGCUGCGGACGUUGUGUAUGGAGUCACUGCCCUUCUAGAAUCUUCCGUGGAAUCCGACGGUUCAUCUAGUUCGAAGCAUUUUGGCGCAGCUUACGAUGCUUUAUCAUUAAACAAACUCGAGAAGCUGGAUAUCGGAAUGCGUCAGGCGAUUAAGGUUCAAAGGGCUGUUCUCAGACAAGGCAGCACUGCCAUAACAAAGAAGGGUUCAAUAAGAAGCGGGAGUAAGUUUCGAUGGGUGAAACUCGAAGAUUCGGCCGAUACGAAGCUUCUGUGCUACCCUCAAGCGUUGACUAAAUUCGGGUUUUUUCUGAUGGAUGCUUUACGAGAGAAGGGUGCGAGAAUGAAGCCGUUGGUGUGUGUUUGCUAUACGCAAGAGCAGAAGAAAGUGUUGAUUGUCGGUGUUUGUGGCAAGCCUCGACUAGGUGCUGUACAAGGGAAUGCGUUCGGGAUAGCGUUUAGAAGUGCCGCUGAAGAAACGGGAGCUGAGUACUUCCACGAGCUUUUCGAAUCUUCGUGGAUUGUUUUGGAGGCGAUUGCUGUGAAUUCAUUCAUGAUCAGGUUAACUGAGAAACUCUUGUGAUGAAAUUCUCUAUUUCAUAAUCCAAUUUGUAUCUUACUUAUUUUUUUUUCAAAUGUAAUUCUGCUUUUCUUAGAUGUCUGAUGUUGACUUCAACUGAGGUUUUUUAUUUUAUUUUAUUUUUUAUUUUUAUAAUUUGUCUGUAAUAGUGAUUGACAAUAAGAUGAUUGUCUAUUUUCAGAAGAUAGCUUUUUUUUUUUUUUUUUU